CCUUGAACACACCAAACUCGUGAUGUGUGUGUAGGGGGUUCAUUCUAUUUCGGACCACUCUCCCACACACAAACAGUGGGUCAAAAAUCACGUUGUGCGCAAAUGACUUCCAAACUCGUGCAAUUUUCCCCGAUUACGAUAGAUCAGGAUCUAGGAAUAUGUUGAACACGCUGUGCAGUCGUGUCAUUCUAUUGUUGCCUGGGGCGGAGAGAUGAAUUGUUGGCUGCUCCUGUGGUUUACGGCACUGUCCUGCCUUGGUAAAAGCAGCAGUGAUGAUACAAGCACCGGGUUCACAGUCUGUCAGAAGAAAGACCAUGUUGUGUCCUGUCAAUACCAAAACCUUUCCAAAGUGCCUGAUCUUCCAAUGCUGGAGACUGAAACAAUAGAUUUAUCCCAUAAUUCAAUCAAAGCAUUGACAGAAGAAUCACUGCUAAAUUUCAGUUCACUGCAACACCUCGAUGUCUCCUACAAUCAACUGAAGACUAUAACGUCAGGAGCUCUGGCGCAUUUGACUAACCUGAGAAUGCUCUUUUUGGCAAACAAUCAUCUAGGCAGAAGCUUUUCAUCCGGUCUUGAAACCUUUAGCCAAUUAAAGAAACUCAAAGUGCUAAAUCUGUCAGAGAAUUUUUGGGACAGUGACACGGUGUCUCAACAUCUGAAGAAUCUGUCUUCACUGGAAAAAAUACAUCUGUCAGGGAACCUACUGAUGAAGCUGACCCCUGAUAUGUUCUGUGGGAUGCAGCUUUUGAAAUAUAUUUUCCUUGAAAAGAACUAUAUUACAGAAAUAACUGUAGGUUCUUUUGAGUGUUUGGCAAACUUGGUUGAGUUGAACUUGGCCAUGAAUUCACUUUCUUGCAUUUCCAAUUUUCAUCUUCCUAAGCUCCAAGUCUUGAACCUAAGCAGAAAUGGCAUUGAAUUCUUCAUGACAGAUGAGAACGAGGACGAACAUCAUCUUCAAGUGCUUGAUCUGAGCCACAACAGGUUGUUUCAUUUCCCAUUUCUUCCAAAAUUACAUCAACUAAAACAUUUGAAUUUGUCGAGUAAUUUAAUGGCCAGUGUAACACCUGGUCUGCUGAACAACUCCGCUGAAUGGGGUGCAAGAAACCGAUAUAAAGAAUUUAGGGUGUUAAAUAAGACAUCCAAACAUAGUGCCCACACAAAUUUAUCAGAAGUAAUAUCUUUGGAUUUAAGCAACAAUGUACUGCUGGAUAUAUCACAUGGCUUUCUGAGUAAAUUUGAUUCUCUCCAACUCUUGAACCUCAGUAGAAAUUGUUUUCAGAAUUUUAGUAUAGAAGAUGGUGAUGAACUGAAUUUCCUGUAUUCUCUAGACUUGAGUGGCAAUAAACUGGACAAUAUAUCUGUGCUGGGAGAUAAUCAAAAACUCCUUUCCUUAAUGUACCUGUUCCUACAAAAUAAUUCCAUUCAGUUAUUGCCCUCUCAGCUUUUUAAAGCCCUGCCUAAAAUUGAAAAAAUCAAUCUUGCUAACAAUAAUGUAAAAAUUUGUAAUGUGGCAGACAAAAGCGUAGGAUGUGGUGGCCCAAUCCACAGGAGCAACAAUAAUAAUAACUGUGUAUCUUUUUCUGGACUCCCUACUCUUAAGUACCUCAACCUCAAUGGAAAUAACAUUACACAGCUCGCACCUUACACAUUCUAUCAGACCCCCCUGGUACACUUGGAUGUUUCAAGAAACAAAUUUCUAGAAGUGCCAGAUCAGGCUUUGACGGGCUUGGAACAAUCAUUACAAUAUCUCUCUUUAAGCUGGAAUUUGAUGCAAUACACCAAAGUGACUCUGCCUUGUUUGAGUCACCUUAGAGAUUUGGAUUUGUCACAUAAUCAGUUUGAAUUUCUCCCUUAUGGUGUUGGAUGUUCUCCAUUGCAAAACCUCGAUAUUCGGGGCAACAGUUUUUAUGCUCUUCAAGACUUAAUAACAAGAAACAUGUCCCAAACUCUUAAAACACUGUACUUGAGUGGAAAUUAUUUUAAUUGUUGUGCAUUGAUUUGGCUGGAUGUACUGAAUAGUGCCAGUGUUGAAAUCCCAGAUAUGGGUGACACCCAAUGUUUUUACCCAAACCAUAAUGAUUCUUCAACAGUCCAAUUAUUAAGUGAUCACGAAGGGAAAUGUUAUACAGAAAGCAUCACAAAAGUCAGUCCCCUUGUACUUCUAAUAUUUGCACUUGCCUUUCUAAUAGUUAUUGGAUCUGUGAUAACAUUAAUUGCUGGAGAGUGCUGUAGGUUGUGCUUGAAUACUGGGGAUGAUGUUUUUGAGGCAGACACUGUUCCAGUGAAAACAAACAGUGAACAGCAGCUGGAAGGGCUGUCUCUAAGUGUCAUUAAAAUAGAAAUGUAAAACAGGAGAAUGCAUUGCUGAACUGUACCAUGGAAUAGAAAGACCCCAAAGCUUCAAACCCAACUUCAGCCCUUUGGACUCCUAUUGGAUAGUUAACUAAAUGUCAGCUACAAUACCAAGUGAAGCCGAGCUACUGAAACAAAAAGACUUUAAUUUUAGGCCGUGCAACCAACCUUUGUUCAGUCUCAAGGCCUAGGCUAUUUGAUAAUAAAUAAAGGCUUUCUGAUUUUUUUGUUUGGAGAUAUUUACAAUUUGUGGAAAUGCAUGCCCACCAAAUGUAUCUUGUGGUGCAGUUCUGAAUCACAUGCAUUGUCAGUGUUGAGUUAACCUAUCUCAGCUAAGGUAGCAGAUCUGGCUUCCAGGAGCUUGAGACAGGGAAUAAUUUGGCAGGGAUUCUUUCUUUUUAAUGGCUAGUCCUGUUGCGCUACUUGAAUAGAGGCAAAAUAUUGCAGUGCUGGAAAUCUGAAGCAAAGACCGAGAAUGGUGGAGAAACUCAGCAGGUCUGGCAGUAGCUAUGGAGAGAGCAAUAGUGUUAAAGUUUUGAGUCUGUUAUGACUCUUCUUCAGAACUGCUGAGUUUAUCCACCAUUCUCUGUGCUUGUUCCUGUUGUGCCACUGUCCACUAUUCCUGCAAUCGAAUUGCCCUCCAGUGCUCACUCUCUGUCACAAUGGAACAAAGGAACAUAGGAGCAGAGAUAAGCCAAAUAGCUCCUGAGUCUAUUCCAGCAUUCUGUUAUAUCAAGGCUGAUCUGUUCCACUAACGCAAGUUUACUUAAUAUCCCAUGGUGUCCUUACAUUUUAAAAAAAUCAUCAAUCUGAGUUCACCCAAGAUUCAUAGUCUUGCCAGAUUUCCUUUAUCUGUUGAAUAACAAAGCACUUCUUAAUUUUACUCAUGAAUGGCCUAGGUCUAAUAUUAAGAUAGAUAAUAAAUGGCAGAUUGGGGAAGGUACUGGAGAACAAUCAUAUUCAAAAAUCCGAUCCUAUUUGCUGAUUAGGAAGCAAAGGAAACAUUUGGUGAGGUGGCAGUGGAUUAUAAUUAUCGAUGGUGCAAUAGUUCAGCCACAGUGGAAAUGCCAGAACAUUUGAACUGUAUAUUCGUAAAAUGUAAGGUCCCUAUAAUUCUACAGUGUGGUUUAACCUGAGGAUCACCACACCUCAGUCAAAGACAUUUUGCAUAUCUUGUCUAUGAAAGCAAAACACUAUUCAUAGCACUACUGAAUUAAUAUUGUGCAUUUGAUAUCAUGCGUAUAAAUAAAUGUAAAAUAAAAACAAUAUUAUUUAAGAAUAGCUAUUAUUCAUUGAUCUAAAUAAAUACGUACAGAUUAUGACAAUUUUUUUCUAAUAAGAAAUUACUCAUUCUGGUGUCAUUUCCAUAAACAAACUGUUUAAGUAAAACUUGGGUACAAACAUUUCUUGUGUUCUGGGAAGAUAUACAUGAAUUCUCAAAAGCAGUCCAAUCAAUUAUUGCUAUUUUUUUCUUUAAAAAUAUAAUUUAGAAUUUAUCUUGUAUCAGGCAAUGUAUUGUUUGAUUUUAACAUUGGAAAUUCUAUUUUUAUUUCAGACUCUCGACAUUUAUAAAUAUUUGUUCAUAUUUAUUCAACUUUAUUUGAUCCAUUGAAAUAAUAAGCAAUGUUUUCCUGUUGAAUUCUUUUGCAAAAUGACAUAAAAAUGCCUACAGAUA